ACACAUGCGUGACAUUAAAGACGGCUGUACGCAUGCGCGAGACGCGAGACGGCUGUACGCAUGCGCGAGACGCGAGACGGUAGUACGCAUGCGCGAAAGUGUAGACGUCAGUACGCAUGCGCGAGCCUGGAGAUGGCAGUACGCAUGCGUGAGACUCGAGACGGCAAUACGCAUGUGCGAGCUUCGAGACGGCAGUACGCAUGCGCGAGCCGCGAACCGGCAGUACGCAUGCGUGGCAUUAUAGACGGCAGUUCGCAUGCGCGAGCCGCGAAACGGUAGGACGCAUGCGCGAUAUCAUAGACGGCAGGGCGCAUGCGCGAACUUCAAGGCGGCACUACGCAUGCGCGAGCCGCGAGACGGUAGUACGCAUGCGUGACAUUAAAGACGGCUGUACGCAUGCGCCAGCCGCGGGACGGCAGUACGCAUGCGCGAGACGCGAGACGGUAGUACGCAUGCGCGACAUUGUGGACGGCAGUAUGCAUGCGCCAGCCGCGGGACGGUAGUACGCAUGCGCGAGACGCGGGACGGUAGUACGCAUGCGCGACAUUGUGGACGGCAGUACGCAUGCGCAAGCCUCGAGACGGCAGAAUGCAUGCGUGAGAUGCGAGAAGGUAGUACGCAUGCGCGAAAGUCUAGACGGCAGUACGCAUGCGCGAGACGCGAGACUGUAGUACGCAUGCGCGAAAGUGUAGACGGCAGUACGCAUGCGCGAACUCCGUCGUGGCACUACGCAUGCGCGAGUCUCGAGACGGUAGUGCGCAUGCGUGUCAUUAAAGACGGCUGUACGCAUGCGCCAGCCGCGAGACGGCAGUACGCAUGCGCGAGACCGGAGACGGAAGUACGCAUGCGCGAAUGUGUAGAGGGCAGUACGCAUGCGCGAGCCUCGAGACGGCAGUACGCAUGCGCGAGACGCGCGACGGUAGUACGCAUGCGCGAACGUGUAGACGGCAAUGCGCAUGCGCGAUCCUCGAGAUGGCCGUACGCAUGCGCGAGUUUCGAGACGGUAGUACGCAUGCGCAACACUAAGGACGGCAGUACGCAUGCGCGAGCGGCGAGGUGGCAGUACGCAUGCGCGAGCCACGAGACGGUAGUACGCAUGCGUGACAUUAAAGACGUCUGUACGCAUGCGCGACAUUAUGGACGGCAGUACGCAUGCGCCAUAUCAUAGACGGCAGGGCGCAUGCGCGAACUUCAAGGCGGCACUACGCACGCGCGAACUGCGAGACGGUAGUAUGCAUGCGCGAGACGCGAUACGGUAGUACGCAUGCGUGACAUUAAAGACGGCAGUACGCAUGCGCGAGCCUCGAGAUGGCAGUACGCAUGCGCGAAAGUGUAGACGGCAGUACGCAUGUGCGAGAUGCGAGAGGGCAAUACGCAUGUGCGAGCCUCGAGACGGCAGUACGCAUGCGCGAGCCGCGAACCGGCUGUACGUAUGCGCGACAUUGUUGACGGCAGUACGCAUGCGCGACAUUACGGACGGCAGUACGCAUGAGCGGGACUCGAGACAGUAGUAUGCAUGCACCACAUUGUAGACGGCAGAACGCAUGAGCGCGUCGCGAGCAGGAAAUACGCAUGCGCGAGGAUCGAGAAGGCAGUACGCAUGCGCGAGGGCUUUGUUAGCACUACGCAUAUGCAAUGCUCUUGACCGCAGUACGCAUGCGCGAGGCUUGAGCCCGCAGUGCGCAUGCGCGAGUUGUGACACGGCAGUGCGCAUGCGUGAUGUUCGUGAACGUAGUACGCAUGCGCAUAGCCCGAGGCAACAGUACGCAUGCGCGAGCCUCUACACGGUAGUACGCAUGCGCCAGCCGCGAGACGGCAGUACGCAUGCGCGUUCCCGUUAGGACAUUACGCAGGUGCGAGCUACGAGACGGCAUUAUGUAUGCGCGAGUUUCGUAAACGUAAUACGCAUGCGUGUGCUGGAAGACGGAAGUACGCAUGCGCUAUUUAUUUGACUGUAGUACGCUUGCGCGAGGUUUGAGAUGCCAGUACGCAUGCGCCUGCCGUUGCACGUCACUACGCAUGCAGUAGCAGUCUGAACGCAGUACGCUUGCGCGUGCCUGGAGACAGCAGUACGCAUGCGCGAGAGUCUAGGCGACAGUACGCAUGCGCGGGCCUACUGAGCGUAGUACGCAUGCGUGAGACACUGAACGGUAGUACGCAUGUGCAAGCCCCGAGACGGCAGUACGCAUGCGGGAGUCGUGAGACGGCAGUACGCAUGCGCGAGUCACGUAGCUGUGCUACGCAUGCGCGAUAGCCUUGACAGCACUAGGCAUGAGCGAGCCUCGAGAUGGUAGUACGCAUGCGCGAGAUGUGUGAGUGUAGUACGGCUGCGUGAACCGCGAGACGAAAGUACGCAUGCGCCAUCUUCGGUACGGCUGUACGCAUGUGCAAUCUUCGUGAUGGCAGUACGCAUGCGUGUAUCCCCAGGUAGCAGUACGCAUGCGCCGUUCCUUUUGGGUGGGGGGGGCAGUACGCAUGCGCUAGCCCCGAAACCACAGUACGCUUGCGCAACCUGCCAGGGCGUACUACGUAUGCGCCGUAGGCUUGACGUCCUUGCGCAUGCGCAAACCUCGAGACGCCAGUACGCAUGUGCUAGCCUAAUGCACGUAUUACGCAUGCGCGAGAUCCUUAAACGUAAUACGCAUGUGCGAACCUCGUGACGUCCGUACACAUGCGCGAACUGCGAGGCGGCAGUACGCAUGCGCACUCCCGUGACAGUGAAAUAUAUUCGCCAGUCUCGGUGGUACUCUAGUGUUUUCUAACGUGGACAUACUAUUUCUCAUGCGUAUUUUCGGGCACACACCUAAGCAUGCUGUUUUUCGACUUCUUAUUACGCAUGCGACGGGCGUAGGGUACGUUCGGAGCCAAAAUAGUCAGUUUCCGUGGCAGGCUCGCGUGUCAAACCCCCCGAGCAAAAAGGCAACGAACACGCAACACCGCAAGAGAGAAAAGAAGCGCUGAGCCCGAGGACCAGGAGUUGACUGCCCGCCCGGCCCUCAGGGCUUAGGAGGAAUGGAUGCUAAUUUUAAGCUUCACGGCGCAUGCGUAGCACUGCCUGGAGGACUAAGUAUAAUAAAGAUCGAAGGAUGGGCUGCGCAAGACCGGACAAUACAUAAAUGAAUUCCGCGAGUCUGUGGGCAUGCGUUUUGCUGCCUCCGCCUCCUAACAAACACGGCUGCAAUUCCACCGAUUGGCCAUGUGGUGGCACCAGGGAGCGCCGAAACUAAUUCUUCGCAGUUCCCACACUUGGCCACGAGAGGGCACCAGUGACCGUGGAAACCAUGCCGAUGCAGUUCCGCUGACUGGCCAUGAGGGGGCACGAGAUACCACGGGAACAACUCCCCCGACCGGUUUGACCGGUUCGCCAGGGACUGCGACGGGUAUCCGCUCGUCUCUUUCUUUUGAUAGCAGUGGAAAAAAAAAACACAGGAGAGGAAAGGGGGGGAGAAAGGGAGACGACUUAAAAAAAAACAAGGAAAACUUCGACUCACCCACCAAACUAGUCCUAAGUGCUUACCAUUACCUGCAAAUAAUUAAAUACAUAACCAGGAAAUUGAUCUUGUCACGUCUUUUUUUUUUUUUUUUUUUUUAAUACAUAUA